AUGACUCAAUUUAUGAUGCAGGCCGGUCUAGCCACCGGGAUGUCCGCGACAGAGGGCGUGAAUUCACCACAUGUGAAGCCCAUGGACUCACACCUCAGUGAACCCGCCUACGUGCUGCCAGCUGAUCUCGUUCCUAACUCACGCAGUCGAAUUGCCCUCCACGGAUAUGGCGGCAAGGACGUGCUCAUCCCGUACAUGAGCAUUGGAACCUGGGCAUGGGGAGACAAGGCAACAUUCGAUUACGAUGCAACCAGAGAUCUUCCAGCCAUCCAUAAAGCAUGGGAAAAGCUCAAGUCCGUGGGCUUGACUUUUGUAGACACAGCUCAGUCGUAUGGCGACGGAGAAAGCGAGCGCAUCUGCGGUACCUUAUUCAAGGGUAUGCCACGCGACAGCUUUGUGGUGCAGACCAAGUGGCUCUCGGUGCCGGACAUGACCAACACGGUCCUGCAAUCCGGCGCGCCCAAGGCUAAGCUCAAGGCCUCGCUCGCACGUUUGGGCCUCGACUAUGUCGACAUCUAUCUGGUGCAUGGGCCCAUGCAUCCCAGCUUGAUCUCCACAGUCGCAAAGGGUAUGGCCGACUGUGUGGAAUCGGGCAUGACUCGUGCCGUGGGAGUGGCCAACUAUGACACCAAAGAAAUGAUCCGGAUGGCCGACGAGCUGGCGAAGCAUGGCGUGGCUCUGGCCGUGUCCCAGUGCGAGUACUCUGUCAUCCGCCGGAUGCCCGAGGCCAGUGGCAUGAUUCGCGAGUGCAAAAAGCGCAGUAUCUGCUUCCAGGGAUUCGCCUCGCUCGCGGAAGGUCGGCUGACUGGCAAGUACUCACGUUUCAAUGAGCCCCGACGAACGCUGCGCUUCAGUAGUUAUCCAAUGCAUAUGCUCGAGCCGACAAUCCAAGUGCUGAAGAGCAUUGCCGAAGAGCGACGUGUGCCUGUCCCUGCUAUCGCGUUGAAUUACUCCAUCAACAAGGGGGUGGUGCCGCUUGUCGGCGUACGCGACGCCGAACAAGCGGAGCAGGACAUGCAAGCGCUGGGCUGGCGAUUGACGGAGGACGAGAUCCAUCGCAUUGAAGCCGUGAGCAUUCGGGGAAACACCUCGUUAAUGAUGCAGCAUGGAUAG